AUGGAGGCUGGCUUAGAAUCGCGGAACAAGGGCAAUCCAGCGGCGCUCACCGAGGGAGACCAGACCGAGUACGACGAAUUGCAGACUGAAAACAAUGUCGAGGCGCCUUAUGACCCGCUUCAUGUCCAAGCUGACGACAGUGACGAUGGAGCAGACUAUGAUCCCGAAUCCGUUGGCAUAGACACUGCUGCCUUCCCUGCUGAAUCUACCGUUCGCUCACCUCCUCAUGCAGCAUCCAAGCCCAAGAUGUCGGGAGGGUUCAUUGUCGAAGCGUCUGACGAUGACGAGGAAUCGAUACCGGUACAAAACAUACCAACGAGCAACAAUACCUCUGUCAAGGACGCUGCUUCUGCGCCUGGUCCCGAUGGGCUGUCACCUCUGCCUCCGAGCGUAGCUGCCUUUGAUCCGGUUACCCUGUUUGAGGCGCGAGUUAAAGAGGACCCGCGAGGAGACAUGGAUGCCUGGCUGAAUCUCAUGGCCGAGCAUCGUGGUCGUAGCAGACUUGAUGAGUUGCGCAAAGUCUAUCAUAGAUUUUUGGAAGUAUUUCCGCAAUCGAGCGAUAUCUGGGUUCAAUGGAUUGAGCUUGAACUCGGUCUCGACAAUUUUGUCGACGCUGAGCAGCUGUUCGGCCGCUGCUUAAUGACAGUGCCCAACAUUAAACUUUGGACCGUCUACCUCAACUAUAUUAGACGCCGUAACGAUUUGACAAACGACUCUUCCGGGCAAGCAAGGCGCACAGUCACUCAAUCGUAUGAGUUUGUCAUCAACAAUAUUGGCGUUGAUAGAGACUCAGGUGACGUGUGGCUGGAUUACGUUCAGUUCAUAAAAAAUGGACCGGGUCAGAUCGGUGGCACUGGCUGGCAGGACCAGCAGAAGAUGGACCAGUUGCGCAAGGUUUACCAUCGCGCCAUCAACGUACCCAUGUCCACCGUCAACACACUUUGGAAAGAGUAUGAUCAGUUCGAAAUGGGCCUCAACAAGGUCACUGGUCGCAAGUUCAUUCAAGAGCGCUCACCCGGCUAUAUGUCUGCCAAGAGCGGCAACAUUGCUCUUGAUAACAUAACGAGAUCACUGCACAGAGUCAAUCUCCCGCGCCUUCCGCCGGCUCCAGGAUUUGAUGGCGACACGGAAUACAGAGGGCAAGUCGAGCUUUGGAUGAAGUGGAUCGCUUGGGAGAAAGACGACCCCUUAGUUUUGAAGGAGGAAGACCCCAAGGCAUACACGCAGAGAGUAAUGUAUUGCUACAAGCAAGCAUUGAUGGCCCUGCGCUUCUGGCCCGAGAUGUGGGUUGAUGCUGCCGAAUGGUGCUUCCAAAAUGAUAUCAGGGAGUCUGAGCUCGAAAUGGGCACACAGUUCCUCGUCCAAGGUAUUGCGGCAAACCCACAAAGUGUCCUGCUCGCUCUCAAGUAUGCCGAUCGCAUUGAAUCAACGUAUCCUGGCAAAGAAGGCGACAGAUCGGAGUAUGCCCAGGCCGUUCGCAAACCCUACGAUGCCAUCCUCGAUACGCUUUACGGCAUGGGUGACAAGGUCAAAGAACGCGAAAGGCUUGAAGUCUCGACUCUCAAGCAAGCAGCCGCGCAAGACCCGGAGAUGCAACAGUCCAUCGAAGAAAAGGACAAUGACAAUGGCAAGUCAAAACUCAGCGCGGGUGAGGAGCGCAUCAAAGCCAUCCAGCAUGCAUACGCGGCCGAGAGCCAGCUCUUGUCCAGAACAAUUUCCUACAUCUGGAUCGCUCUAGCACGCGCCAUGAGAAGAAUUCAAGGCAAAGGAAAUCAAACCGAAGGCGGUCUUCGCAAAGUGUUUACCGACGCUCGACACAAGGGCCGCCUUACCAGCGAUGUCUAUGUUGCCGUUGCUCUUCUUGAGUCGGUCGUAUACAAGGAUCCUGUCGGCGCGAAGAUCUUCGAACGUGGCGCCCGUCUGUUCCCUAAUGACGAGGAGUUCAUGAUCGAGUACCUUAAAUUCCUUCAUUCGAAGGAUGAUACCACAAACGCCCGAGUUGUUUUCGAAACUUGCGUUAAUCGCCUUAUUUCGAAACCCGAAACUCUGGCAAAAGCUCGACCCCUGUACGCCUAUUUCCAUAAAUAUGAAUCGCAAUACGGCGAACUCUCCCAGAUCUCGAAGCUUGAGGAACGUAUGGCGGAGCUUUUUCCUGAAGAUCCGAGCUUGAAGUACUUUGCCGAAAGAUUCUCCUCAGACAGAUUCGACCCAGUUCAUACUCCAAUCAUUGUGUCAAAGGCUGUACAGAUGCGUCCCAAGAAAGACAUGCCUACAAUUGAUGAGCCGUCCUCUUUUGAGGACAAUUCGGGCCCUAUGCGACAGGAGCACAGCCCACGGCCGCAAUUCACUCGUGCAACCGCUUCUCCCAAGCGACCAUUCGGUAUAGACGACGAUGAACAGAACCCACCGAAGCGCGUGGCUCGUGGUGUUUCUCCUCUCAAAGGAGCUGCGGGUCGCCGCCUUGAUCAACAACGACGUAAUCAGACGUCUGCUCUGCACCGCGACAUUACAUUCCUUCUCGGAAUUCUGCCUCCCGCCCACACAUAUGACUCACAGCGACUGAUGGCACCUAACCUGGUUUCCCUCCUCCGUGAUACCCCGCUACCUGAUUACAUGUCCUGGAAAGCGCUUACCGGGGGUCAGUAUAGACAUCACUCUCAAAUGCAAAUGCACACGAGGCAAGCAUCAGGCGACUUGGCACGUCCAAUGAGUCCCUACGGCCAGGGUCAGGCCUCUUCCUCUGGAUAUCGCAACUCUCCACUUGCAGGCGGCUACCAAGCGCCGGGCUCAAACUGGGGGUCUGUGCAGGGGAAUUACCCUCCUGGCCAAUACGGCGGUCAGCGUUAG